AAAGAGCAACACAUAAAAAACUUUUCAGCUCACAGCUUCUUCUCUGCAACUGCCUGAACAAGAUGAAGCUACUGAUGCUCCUCCUCUGUCAUGCUAUAUAUGCUGAAAAACACUCUGUGACCAUUUUAUUUACUGGAUCUGUUGGACUUACAAACCUCCCAGAGGUCGUGUCAGUCGAGGUGGUUGAUGGCAACCAGGUGGUUUAUUGUAACAGCAAUGGAACCCUGGAACCGAGACAGCGCUGGCUACAACAGUUAUAUGGUGACGAUCCUCAACUCCUCCAGCAGACGAAACAAGAGUGUUUUGAGUCAAUGCCUACUUUCUUCAGAUUAAUGAUCAGUUCUUUGAAGCAGCACUUUAAUCAAAGUGAAGGUAUCCACAUUGUACAGAGGAUAGGUGGCUGUGAAGUGGAUAAUGAAACUGGAGAGCUUACUGGAAUAUUACAGUAUGGUUACAAUGGAGAAGGCUUCAUUGCCUUUGAUCUGAAGACACUGACUUGGGUUGCUCUGAAACCAGAGGCUGAAUUUCUCAAAAAUGCAUGGGACAAUGAGAAACACGAUAAACAAUUUGUUAAGGACCUCCUUACUAAGACCUACCUUGAGUGGCUGCAGAAUUAUUUUGUCUAUGGAAAGAGCUUUCUGCUGAGAACAGAUCUUCCAUCAGUGUCUCUCCUCCAGAAAAAUCCAUCCUCUCCAGUCAGCUGCUAUGCCACAGGUUUCUAUCCUAACAGUGCUUUAUUGUUCUGGAGAAAAGAUGGAGAAGAGAUUCAUGAAGACGUGACCCAUGGUGAUAUCCUCUCAAACCAUGAUGGAACCUUCCAGAUAGGUGUUAAACUGGACAUUUCAUCCCUCAGACCUGAAGAUUGGGGGAGAUACGACUGUGUGUUCCAGUUCUCUGGUGUCACAGACAAAAUCAUCACCAAACUGGACAAAACUGUGAUCAGAACCAACAGAAAAGAAAAGGGCCUGUCUGUGGUCAGUAUUGCCACGACUGCAACAGCGGCUGUUGUUAUUGUCUUUAUCAUCGUCGCUUUAGGAUUAACUGCAAUCAAAUAUAAAAGUGAAAGAAGCAGUUCACCUGAAAGAACCAGUUCACCUUCUUCUGACACCAUCUUUCUCUGAAAGACUGCUUCCAGAGGACACAUCAACAAACAGCCAGUAAUGACGUCAAAUCUAAACAUCUGGGCGUCCUGCUUAAAAACCUAAAGCAGAUAGAAAUGAUCUAGUUGGUGGGUAAUUUUGGAGAAAUGUUUUGCCCACAUAUGUUUAAAUGAGAAGACGUGAUGUCGCUUAUGUAGAAAUAGUCAAAUUAACAUAAACACUUUUUGAUCAGAUUUACACCUAUAAUGUGAACUUAUAAAGAAAAUAUUUGUCCCCUACAUUGUUUUUUUUAAAUAAAAUAAGGAAAUAAUAAAAUGUGUAUUUUUAAUCUUAAUUAUUUUGUCUUUUAAGUUUAUUUCUAAAUAUUACCGACAAAUUUGUGUCUUAAAGUUCUUCUGUGAAAUUAAAUUAAAUGAAAUGCAAUUAAAUAUGUUUUUUUUUUUCUUUUUUUUAUAAAACAAGUUCUUGUAAUUUAAUAAUUUUUUGUUUGGUGUUUUUUGUUAUUUUGUAUCACAUGUUCACAUUUCUCUUUUAGUUAAACCAUGCUUUUAAACUACUUAGUAAAAGAUCAGAAAGGCUAAGAAGAAUAUAUCAUAGAUGCUUUAUUCAGGACUCUCAGUAAGACAUACUGUGUAUGUGUGGGUAUUCUUAGCUAUGAUGUAACAUGUGAGCUUAUUUGUGUGUACUUAUUUAAAUAAAUCUGUCUUGUUUUGUGUGCAGACAUGCUACAUUUAAUUUGUUUUAUU